UUCAGCCAGAGAAACCAGAAGAAGAACAUGACAUCGCUGAGAAGGCCAAGAGCAUUGGUGACAAGAUUUCUGGAUUGUUCAAGAAGGGUCAUGCUCACCUCGAUUAUCCAGUCUCUGAUGCCUAUGAUGGUCCACUAUCAUCAAUUGAUAGAGCCUCUGAAGUACAAGGAGAUGCAUUAACUCAUCACGUAGCUGUGUACCACAGUGGUAAAUCAGAUGAGCAGCCAUCAUCAGUUCAGUCAGAGAAACCAGAAGAAGAACAUGACAUCGCUAUAGAUGAUAAGGUGUUCGAUAAUCGGAUCCCCAAUGUGGUCGAUGUUCAACAUAUCCAUCCUCAAUAUCGAACACCUGAUGCUUCAAUGCUUUCUGAUUCAUACAAGCGUAAUCAACGAGCCACUCCUAAAGUGUUGGAUCCUGAUUGUGGUCCUGAGGUUGUUAAACUGUCCAGUGUAGGAAACGACGUGGAGUUUCCAUCCGUUAGAGAAACAGGGGAUGUAAACGUAGAGUUGUCUUUAGACAUAGAUAAGAGAAACGUUAGUUCUUAUUGCAACUCCAACCCAGUACCUCGCAAUAACGUUGAAUAUACUGUUCGAAGCCAUUCCAUUCUCUCACCCGGACAUCUGUUGAAGGAUAGUACAUCAUCUACCGGGCCGCGUGGUUUUUCUGUUUCAAUAAGUGCGCGACAACCGGAGCAAAGGUCUCGAUCUGAUUUAUUCUCUUCGAACAUUAGAGAAUUACCAUCAGAUAGCUCUUUACUCCGUCCCUCUACUGUACGCACGCUGUCAAGUCGCCAGCGCCGAUUGUCACCCCAUAACUGGACCACUGUGUAUGAGAGGACAGAAAUCUCGUAUGUUAAACGGAUAACUUCUAAGUCUCCCUCACCUACAAGACCAUCUUAUUCAAACUAUGCAAUGACUUCUUCACGUACGUCAACAGGGAGACCCAGUACUCAAGUAGCAACAGAAGAGCAGAACUUUACACCUGAGGUGAUUAACCCACAUUACAGUUCGCCGUCAUCCAGGAGAGCUUACAGUCAUGAGCCAAUGCGUGGUUAUAGCACAGAAAAGCCUUCGAAGCGCUCAAUGAAUCGUCAGGUGCGCCAGCAGUCAUCGUCGACUUGUCGAUGGACAACUUUUGACGAUACUGUUAAUGUCCAUCACCCUAUCUAUCCUCCACGCCAAUCACCAUAUGUUCCUAUGAAGUCAUCGCCCUCGUCAAGGCGUCAACCAACAAAUACAUUCGGUAAAGUGCGCGAAGUGGCGGCUAUCGAACGCACUGAAUGGCUUCAACGCUCAGAUUACAUUCCACCAUCUAGACGAAGCGAUGAUAUCUUCACAAUUGGAACACCUUUUGUUAUUGGUCGUCAAGAAUGCGAUGAGAACGGUUGUGAAUACUUACGCUAUCAAGCAAGUGGAUUACGUGAAACAGAAUUUCCAAUGAUCGAAGAUGGUGCAACUGAAUGCCGUCGUGCGACUGUCGAACGACAAAACGAAACCCGUGCCAACAAGCACAAUAAACAGAAAAAACAAAAACAAACGAACGGAAACAAUCUUCAUCAACCUAAUAUCAUUAGUGAUGAAGAAAUGGAGCAACGACGUCGAACAAUGAGAAGAGCACGCCAACGUAUGCGAAACUACUGUACGAUGCUCUAG